AUAGCGAUCAGUCACAAUUUAGCGUGCGGUGGUUAAGGCUGCUCUUCAAAGCGCAAGCGAACGAGAAUCGUGAAAAAUCUAUUGAAUAUUGAAUUGCAUUUUUUUUUUGCUGCCGUUGCAACGUGAAAACGUGCCACUAAAAUAAAAUCGUAAAACAAACCAAAUUGAAAAAUCAAAGAAAACUUGGAAAAACAAUUCGCUCCAUAUCAUAUACUCUCCGUUUGUCAACGAGCGCUGCUUGCCUACUCGUGUGCUCACUUCUGGACCGUUACCACUGCGUCACCUUGACUUUUAAUAUUACUGCUUUACACCGUCGCUUUGUAAUCAGUCACAUUGGCGCCGCCGACAAAUCUCAAUUACACGAUGGCUGUCAUCAGUGAUCAUGGCAGCAGCACCGAAGAGCUGUCGCUCAAAGAGCAACAUGAGAAGAAUCUAAAGAAUAUCGGCACAGUGCCAGAGUUCUUUGCGCACAAGAACAUUUUCAUCACUGGUGGUACGGGCUUUCUGGGCACUGUGCUGAUUGAGGAACUCUUGGAUACACAUCCCGACAUUGGCACCAUCUAUGUAUUGGUUAGAGGAAAACGCAAAUUCGAUCCUAAUGAGCGUAUAAGUCGUUUGCUGCAGAAACCGAUCUUCCAGAAAUUCAAUGAGAAGUCACUCGCUAAAGUCGUACCGGUUGUUGGCGAAUUGAGUGAAGUGAAUUUCGGCUUCAACGAGGCAAUACUGAACGAACUCAUCGAUAAGGUGAAUGUGAUCUAUCACAGCGCCGCCACAAUCAAAUUCAGUUCACCACUACGUACGGCCAUCAAGACCAAUUUAACCGGCACAAUGCGCACAAUAGAAUUAGCUAAGAAAUUGAAAAAUCUCUCCGCAUACAUUUAUCUCUCCACCGCCUUUUGCAAUAGCAACAAUCGCGGCCUCAUUGUCGAAGAAGUCUACAAAUCACAAUUUGAUCCAUAUGAUAUGAUGAAAAUGGCUGAGGAUGAUGCUAAAUGGGAAGAUUUCACAGACGAGAAAUGUAAGGAGAUCAUACGCGAUCACCCCAAUACAUAUACAUUCACAAAGAACCUAUCGGAGAAUCUACUAAUGGCAGAGAUGUCGGGAUUGCCGGCGGCGAUUGUGCGACCAUCGAUUGUUUACGGUACCUGGGAGCACCCGAUGAAAGGUUGGGUCGGCAAUGCAAAUUCUGGUCAUCUCGGCUAUUUAGCCGGCUUCGUAAAGGGUAUCUUCCGCACUAUGUGCGGUCGUGCCGCCUCUGUCAUCGAUAUUAUACCAUGCGAUUUUGUGAUCAACUCUUCAUUAGUUAUGGGCUGGUAUGUGGGUACACAUCCAUUGGAACAACCCGAAGUCAUACAUUGCACAUCGGGUGAGGUGAACCCGCUAACACUGCGUGAAUUCUGUGUUAUAAUGAAUGAGAGCGUCAAACGGCAUCCACCAAAUAAUUUCGUCUGGAAACCUAGCACAAAAUUGCGUAACGGUUGGCGUUACAAUCUCUUCUUUUACCUCUUUCACAUACUGCCCGCGCUCGCUUACACCAUACCAGAAAAACUAUUCGGUAUUGGCAUGCCACAGCAUACCGCCUACGAGUACAUGCGCGUCUUUCACAAGGGCACCAAAGCAUUCGACUACUUUUUGGACAAAGAUUUCCGCUAUUCAUUAAAGAAUGCCUUGCGCAUUAUGUCGAUGAUGCAUGAGAGUGACAAAAAGCGUUAUAACUUUGAUUCGAGUACGUGUGAUUGGUCCGAGUUCAUUGAUCGCUGUUUGAUCGGUGUACGACGCUUCUACUUCAAGGAGGCUGCAGAGACCACUGAUUGGCAUCGCAUGUAUUGGAGAGUUUUCAAUAUCAUACACUACCUUGGCUUCCUGGUGCUCUUCCUCUUCAUCUUCGGCAUUUGCGCAUUGCUCUUCGGUUUAACUAUUGGUCUUACGUUAUCACUGGCCAUUUGGGGCUUCCUGGUGUGGUUGUGAGCGAGAGGAG